GUUAUCGCGGUAAUAUCUCCUGUAAAACUGUCUUACAUUUGGAUAAAUUUUCCCCCUAUGCCACAGACAAAGAAUUGGAUCGUAGAUUUCAUGAUAUAACCAAUGAUUACGAUAAAUCACCGCCUCCCACAGCCACCGCUUCACCCAUUUAUCCCAGUUUAAAUGGUAUAAUUUUUGAUAGCGGUGUAGGAGUCGGGUCACUGCCAAGUGAUCUCAAUGGUAAUACCAAAAAUCUAAACAGUAAUAAUAGCAGUAAUAUGAAUAUCGGGGGUUCAAUGCCUCUGGCGAAUGCUCAGCAUUCGGUAAACGAUGCUUUGGGUAAUUUAAAUCGUUCUACGGCAGGUUUAAAUGGCUCCGGGUUAUUGUCGAAUAUAACGGGAGCUCAUAAUAAUGCUGGGAAUAUACAAAUGAAUCGUAAAUUUUUACAAUUUACCACAGAUCAGAUACAAUGUAUGUGUGAGGCGUUACAGCAAAAAGGCGACAUCGAUAAACUCACCACUUUUCUGUGCAAUCUACCUGACUCAGAGCUGUUCAAAAACAACGAAAGUGUUUUACGUGCACGCGCCAUUGUAGCCUAUCAUCGCGGUCAAUUUCACGAGCUCUAUCAUUUAUUAGAAUCCCACUGUUUCUCUGCCAAAUAUCAUGCUGAUUUACAAGAUCUCUGGUUUAAAGCUCACUACAAAGAGGCUGAAAAUGUCAGAGGUCGCCCACUGGGUGCCGUUGAUAAAUAUCGUUUACGCAAGAAAUAUCAAUUACCCAAAACGAUUUGGGAUGGUGAGGAAACGGUGUAUUGUUUUAAGGAGAAAAGUCGUAAUGCUUUAAAGGAUUGCUAUCAGACAAAUCGUUAUCCUACGCCAGAUGAAAAGAAAACUUUGGCCAAGCGGACGGGCUUGACACUGACGCAAGUCUCGAAUUGGUUUAAAAAUCGACGGCAGAGGGAUAGAACGCCGCAACAGAGACCUGACAUUAUGUCUGUGCUGCCCGUGCAACAAUUGGAUCCUAAUGGUUUUCCGCGUAUGUUUAAUGCUCCAAGUUAUUAUCCCGAGACCAUAUUUAAUGGUCAAUAACAUUAGUUGUUAGAUGUACAAAAUUUAUAUCAAUUUUAAGUUUUAUUUUCACACAAAGUUAUUUCUCUCUUUCGUCACAAACACAGUUUAUUUAUUUUGACAUUUCGAAAAUGUUUUUCUAGCUAAACAAAAGCAUACUUUUAAGCGGUAAAAAAGCAAAUCAAAUUAAUCGAACAUCUUUUUAGAUAAAAGUUUAAAGAAGACAAUUUCCUUUAGAAGCCUUUAUAUAAGAAAGUCACUUUUUUAAGGAAUU